AUGAGGAAGGAGCUGGAGGGGAAACGGGCGGAGUGCAAAGCUGCUACUGUAAUAAACUCACAGCACCAACCAGCUGAUCUUCUAACUGCUGAGUUCUGCUUUCAGUCUCGGUUUGGUUCGGACGUCGCCUCUGACAUAAAACCAAGCUUACAUUUAAAGUACGAUAAAAACCCAGAGAUUGGGGAUUUGAUUGAGAUCUUCAAGGGACCCUAUCAGCACUGAGCUGUGUAUGUGGGCGAUGGCUUCAUUGCCCACUCGGCACCAGCCUCUGAGGUUGCGGGUGACAGUGCCAGCAGUAUGAUAGCUGUUCCCCAUGAGAAGGCCUUGGUGAAGAAAGACAAGCUACGGGUUGUGGUGGGAACCAACAAGUGGAAAAUCAACAACAGCCUGGAUGAGGAGUACGAGCCCCGCCCGGCGCACAUCAUUGUGAGGAACGCCUGUGCUUUGGUCGGUAAAGAGGUGCCGUACUGCGUCCUCAGAAAGAACUGUGAGCACUUUGCCACCGAGCUGCGCUACGGAAAAGCAGAGUCCCGGCAGGUGCGUAAGGCAGAAGAGGUCGUUCAGGGUGCAUUCUUGAGUAUAGGUGUCAUGGGUCUGUUCCUAGCUCUGGCAAGACUUCUGACAGCUCUGUUCGGCAGCAGGAAGGAAAACAAGAACGAACAGUGAUACAAGUCUCAGGGUGCCUCUUCAGGGACACAUGAGCAGAUCACCAGCAGAGCCUGCUUCCUAUCAUGAUCACUCACAGGAAACACUGACUAAUUGACAUAUUGUUAAUAACCCAGAAACCUGGUUGAUUUCUAUCCUGCCUAAUCAUCUUUAACUCCAAAAUAAAAUGUCACACAAUCAUGUAA